AUGUCUAACAGCGAAAACGCCGGUUCGAAACGCAAACGGCUGGAUACCGCCGGGAAUGCCGAGGUGAGCUCUCAGAUUAAAUCUCAGAACCCCCCGGCCGGUUCGACUGUGCCCGCCGCGCCCGCCGCGAAAGGCAAGUCGUCCUCUGGGUCGCCUAGCGUCCCAAAGGAAUGGUCUGUUCAGCUCUGCGCUGUUCAGCUGUUACCGGUCACACCACCCGACUCGGUCGUAGCGGAGUUCGUCCGUUUAUACAACGGUUCGCUCUCUGGCUACAAGCGUGCUUGCGAAGAUCAUUCCAAGCGUGCUGCCGGUCGUGAGCGCUUCAACGAGGUCAUGCAACGGGAGGAAACUCCUAGCGUGAUCCUCAAUACUCUGAAAGGUCCGACCUUCGCGUUCGUUUCCAGCGAGGCGGAGUCGGAGGCGAAAGCCUCCGAAGCCUUUUUAGAGUACUCCUCUGCGUUGAUCGCUGUUCGUAAGGCUGCGACCGUGUAUCAACUGGCGUGUUUCAACACCCAGGUGAAUCACUCUCGUGCACUUGUGGACAGUCGGGAGCGGAUGGAGGCGUGUACGGCGGAUCUGACCCAAUAUGCGUCCAAAGUCCUUUCAGAAUUUGGUGCAGUGGAUCUGAACCGUUGGAAACCGUACAUCGAAGCAGUGGUGCGGGCCCUCGACUUGCAAUUGGAGGCGACACGACUCGAAGUCGUUGGCGCUUUCAUAGCUGCUAAAGAGGACGCUGCUCGUAGAGCGGCGGACCUUGCGGCUGCGCAGUCAGAGGCUGAGGUCAAGAUGGACACUCAAUCCUGCAUCGAAGAAGAACAAGGCGAAGAAGGAAGGGGGCGGAAACGGAGGAAACGGCGGAGGAAAGGCCGCCAAGAAGGGGAACGGAGGAGGAGGGAACGACAAGGGGAAGGGGAAGGAGACGACGUGAUUGAACUUGUUUCGGACGACUCGAUCCCUUUUCUUGGACAUCCAAAUAUUGUAUCUUCUUGGACCUUCCCACCUGGUAUUCGCUUUCAUAGGCUUAAACCAGAAUCAUACCCCCCGUUAUUCUUCAGUGCAUCACGAGCACUUCAGUGUCGUUUUAUUGUUUCUCGGAUGUCGGUGUUGUAUUAUGAUACUCGCCUGUCAAAUCAAGCCUUCCAUAACUUGACUGAGAUCGAUUUAACGUAUGCCCAAGCCAAGAUACUUUCAUUGAACAUGAAAUUU